AUGAGGAAGCGCUACCAGCCGCAGGUUAUACAAAAGCGAAGCCGGGUUAUAAUAAAAGAGGGAACUGGCGUGGCGGUCGUGGAGGAGGAAGAGAGGGUUCACAGAAAAAAGAAUUUAAAUCCAGUUGGGGUAGAUGGUCGUAUGCUUAGAUGCAGAUCAUCUGAAUGCCUGGGUCUGCAGGAGGGACUAGAAGCUAGUUACUAUUACUAUUACAGAAAGAUGGUAGAGGAUAUGAUCGAGCAUCCGUCGAAAACAAUUCCGCUGGUGGCAUAUAUUGACAACAAAAGUGUUAUAGAGGCUUUAUCGCCUUCAAAGUUAGUGGACGACACAAGACUCAGAGUAGACAUAGCAGCCAUUCGAGAGUCGAUGGAAAGGAACGACGUCAGUGAUAUAAAGUGUUUCAGGAAGAAUCCGCCCGUUAGCGGCUACCGUGUGCGACGAGACAUCCGAGUUCUCUCCGUCACGGAGCGACAGAAGCUCUUUCGGGCUUUUAACAUUCUCUGCACGACGGGCGUGCUAGCGCUGUUCGGCCGCAUCCACGGACAACAGGUUCUCCGGAAACACCACGGGGCCAGCUUCCUUCGGUGGCAUCGAGUCUUCUUAGCGGCGGUCGAGGAGAAGCUUCGUGAGAUCGACCCGGAUGUGUCGCUAGCGUAUUGGGACUACACCAUGAAUUACCUCCUGCCACUUCCGUCGGACUCUGUCAUCUGGAGCUCCUGCUUUGCCGGCAACGGCAAUGGCGUGGUUAGUGAGGGUCCCUUCCGGUUUAUGUACGGCGGCUUCAACGAGCUUAUCAGGCGCGACAUCGCGCGGCACGGAACCUGUCCGCCUCGGUUGAUAAACAAGGACGAUAUUGACCAGCUAAUGAGGUUUUGCUAUUAUGCGAAUAUAACGACCGGAAAUCCGCCGAACUACUACCAGCAGGUUAACAAUCUCGAGGUCCUACACGAUGGUGUCCACAACUGGGUCGGCGGAGAUAUGUCUUACGUACGGCACGCGCCCUAA